GAUUAACCCUGACUAUUGACUAUUUAAAGUAAAAUUUAGUAACGCACAUAUUAAUAAAGUUCUUUAAAAAGUGAUCAUCUGUUAUUUUGAUAAUUUGGAAAAAAGUGUUUAUGCUAUUUGAAAAUAAAAAUAUGGGACCUAUUGUUAUUUUGGUGUUAAUAAAUAUGUCCGCCGCUCUAGCAUAUAACUGUCUACCACGAGACUACGGCCAUGGAAGUAUAGUCUGCGUUUGCAACACUCAACACUGCGAUGCAAUUCCUCGAGUCCAAAAAGUCGAAGCAACAUCCUACAUCGUCUAUACAUCUGAUAAGGCAGGUCAAAGGUUCAACAUCACCACAAACAAGUUCCAACGCGUAAAAAGAGACAACAAGCGCGGAUAUUUCAGUAAACAAGGCUGUAAACAGCAAACGUUAAAGGAUUAUCCAAUGUCUAGGAGAAAGCAUUAUAGAUCGGUUAAGAAAUUGUGGAACAUAACCCAAAAAACCGAAACGGAAACUAAAGAAAUACUGAUAAAUCAAGAUGUGACUUAUCAAAGCAUUUUGGGAUUUGGUGGGGCUUUUACUGAUGCUGCUGGAAUCAAUAUUAAGAGUUUGAAUAAAGAUUUACAAAACAAACUUAUGAGGUCCUAUUUUUCAGACGAUGGUAUAGAGUACAACUUAGGCAGAGUUCCUAUUGGUGGAACCGACUUUUCUCCAAGAGGUUAUACUUAUCUGGAUACUGAUGAGGAUGAAGAUUACACUGAAGAUCUCUUGUUAACCACAUUUCAGCUUGCCAAAGAAGAUUACUCAUACAAGAUUCCUUUAAUCCAGGAAGCGCUCAAAUUAAGAAACAACCUUCUUCUCUUAGGUUCAGGUUGGACCGCACCAAAAUGGAUGAAGGAGAACCGAAAAUACAACGGAAAUUUCGCGUAUUUAAGAAAAGAAAUGUACGAACCGUGGGCAAAUUAUUUUAUUAAAUUUUUGGACGCCUAUCGAAAUCACAAUAUCACAUUUUGGGGCAUUACCACUGGCAAUGAAAUUUAUUUCGCCAUGGGCUUAUUUAAGAUACCUGCCGUUCUUUGGACUCCUGAAGAGAUAAAAGAUUGGAUUCGUUUGUAUUUCGGUCCAGCGAUUAAAAAUUCAUCGUAUUCUAAUAUAAAAAUUUUGACGAACGAAGACAACAGACCUACACUUACGCAUUCAUUGGAUACUGUAUUUUCGGAAAAACAAAAUUUGGAAUACAUUGACGGCGUCGCUAUCCAUUGGUAUUUUGAUCACGACUUCAACGCGUAUAUCUUGGACGAAACACACCAUAAAUUCCCUGAUAAAUUCUUGUUAUACACGGAAGCCUGUAAUGGUAUGGCUCCCCUAAAACCAGUUUUAUUAGGUGCUUGGGAAAGAGCGGAAAAAUAUGCCAAAAAUAUUUUUGAGGAUUUAAAUCAUUGGGUGGUGGGUUGGAUGGACUGGAAUAUGGCUUUAGAUCUGGGCGGUGGACCAAGUUACAUCGAGAAUUUCGUCGACUCCUCCAUAAUCGUCAAUGCCACUGGACAGGAAUUUUACAAACAGCCAAUGUACUACGCAAUCGGACAUUUUUCAAAAUUCAUUCCAAGAGAUUCAGUGAGGAUAUAUUCGAGUCAGUGUAAUUCUGAAGUUGAGGUUGUAGCUUUCAAAAAGCCAGAUGGAGGUGUGGUAAUAGUUAUAUUAAAUACAAGCGACAGUAUCCAACGAAGAUCCAUAGUGGAUGCCGUGAAAGGACAAAUAUCCUUAGAACUAUCCUCACACUCCAUAACGACGGUAUUAUAUUGGUAGACAAAAGAGAAGUAGAUGAGGUUUUAUUUAUUUAUAUUAAUAUUUGUAUUGAUAAAAAAAAGCAUAGA